AUGCCAGGUUUACGCAAGAACUGGACCCGCCUGAUGCUCAACACUGGCUCAAGAAUAUCACCUGCAGGGAUUUCUUCGAUGGUAUCUCGACAACCACAACGUGGAAUAUCGGUCCAGUUCCUUGUUUUUGAGAAGCUUUUCAGAAUGUAUUGGGGUGAAGAAAUGCGACGUGAAUUUUCGUACGAUCUUCGUCGAAAUAUGAUCAUGCUUGUACGCACCACACUUACCGACGAGUACGGGCUUGAGCAAGGGGGCAAAACACAGCCAUCAGUCAACAUUGACGAUCCCUUAUACUCGACCUAUCACCGUCCUUGCUGUGUGUGA